UACAAUUUGACAUUUACAACAAUUUGUUGUAAUUGUUCCGUUUGAAUCGGUGUACAGUUUUAAAGGUGUGGCUGCUAUUUACGGGAGGUUUUCUUGUGAAAUUAACUUAUAUAUCUUAAUAUUGUGAGCAGUGAGGGCAGAGUUUAGAAGACGAAGAUGGCUCCUUUACUUGAAUCGUGCUGGUCACCAUGUAUUUGGUCGUCAACAGUGAAAAGUGGAAGUCGGGCAGUUGCCGUGUACACCAUAGCAAUGAGUAUAGUGUUAAUUACUUUUAUUGCGUAUCAAAUGGCCGGUGGGGACUCCACGCAGCUCUGGAAUCCUUUGUUUGAAGCUGAUGUUCGAGGAUCUCUACAAGUGUUUGGGACUAUAUUUAUUGUAGUAUUUAUACUUCUCAUCAUUUUCUCCGUUCUCAUGGUGAUUGGAGUCAACAUUUGGAUGCGAGGUUUCAUACUGCCGUGGUUGAGUUUGAUGGCAUUCAUUAUCUUAUUCCAACUGCUGUUUGGGCUCUGGCUUAUUGGAGGAUAUUAUAUUUAUUUGGACGCUACAUUCUCUGCAUUUAUCGAUUUUAUCUGGAUGGCAUACAAUAUCUACUGCUGGUUAUGUGUCUUCUCUCAGUACCAAAUUAUAUUGGAGAUGCAAUCACCAAAUAUAGAGAUUUUAGUUGAAUACUAAAAUUGUUGUUAGUAUCAUAUUUAUACAAAUGUUUGGGCCAACAUUCUAAUAUUG